ACUCUCUCCCCGCGUGUCGCCUCCACCGACCCUCACGCACUUCCUCCCGUGCAUUGCAGCCCUAAUCGCGCUGCGUCUAUCAUGUCCUGCACCUGAGGACCCUACCAAGCCCACCGCAAUGUACCUGUUACCGCUCGUCGUCGGCCUUGUCGGCCUCUACCUUUUGCUCAAGUUCUUCUCGUCAACGCGCCGCGCCUCUGCACCCUUGCCUCCAGGCCCCUCGCCUCUGCCACUGGUGGGCAAUAUUCGCGACCUCCCUUCUCCAGAUAGUCCGGACUGGCUGCAUUGGCUGAAACAUAAGGAUGUCUACGGACCCAUCAGCACCGUCUCCGUUCUCGGACAGAGACUCAUCAUCCUCAACGAUGCCAACCUAGCGAUUGAUCUCCUGGAAAAGCGAUCCGCCAUCCACUCAGAUCGGCCCAAGAUGCCAUUUGCCGAACUCGCCGGCUGGGGCGACGGGCUGGUCAUCCUUCCCUACUCGAGCCGCUUCAAGGCGUACCGCAAGAGCCUGCACCGCGAGAUCGGGUCCAAGGCGAGCGUGGCGCGGUUCAACGCGUUGCAGGAGGUGGAAGUGCGGCGGUUUUUGUUGCGCUUAAUCAACCAGCCCGAGGAUUUGGUGGGACACAUUCGCAAACUGGCGGGCGCCGUAAUCCUCAAGAUCGCCUACGGAUACUCCAUCGACCCGCACAAACGUGACCCGCUGGUGGAUCUAGCCGACGAAGCCGUCGAGCAGUUCUCGCUGGCCGUACGCCCGGGAACGUGGAUGGUGGAUGUUCUGCCGUUCCUCCGCCAUAUCCCCGCGUGGUUCCCCGGCGCCGGAUUCCAGCGCACGGCACAGUCCUUCCGCAAACAAAGCCAAGCCGUGGCCGACAUCCCGUUCGCCUUCGUGCAGCAGCAGAUGGCGCAGCCGGGCUACGAGCCCUCCUACGCGUCCAACCUGCUCGAGGGGAAGGUGCUGACCCCGGGCACGGAGGAGGAGACGGUCAUCAAGUGGUCGUCCGCCACGCUUUAUGCCGCUGGCGCUGAUACGACCGUCUCGACCACAACAACCUUCUUCCUGGCCAUGGCCCUCUACCCGGACGUCCAGCGCAAAGCGCAAGAAGAAAUCGACCGCGUGAUCGGACCCGGCCGACUGCCCACGGACGCAGACCGACCGAAUCUGCCCUACGUCGAUGCACUGGUCAAAGAAGCGCUGCGCUGGCACCCCGUCGGCCCGAUGGGGAUCCCGCACCGCUCCAUGGAGGACGAUAUCUGCGGCGGGUACCUCAUCCCCAAGGGCUCUAUCAUUCUCCCGAAUAUCUGGGCCUUCUGCCACGACCCCACCGCCUACAUAGACCCGAUGACCUUCGACCCCGCCCGCUUCCUGGGCGCCCACCCCGAGCGCGAUCCGCAUUACCUGGCCUUCGGGUUUGGACGGCGUGUCUGCCCCGGACGCACGCUGGCGGACUCGAACAUCUUCCUGACGGUGGCGCAGACGCUGGCGUCAUGUUGGGUUGGGAAGGCGCUGACCGAAAAUGGGGAGGCGGUCGAGGUGCGCCCGGAGUUCUUGCCGGGGACGAUUAGCCAUCCUGCCCCGUUUGAGGUCCGGGUUGCGCCCCGGAGCAAGGAGUAUGAGCGCUUGAUUCGGGAUGUCGAGAGGGAGUUUCCGUGGGAGGUGGAGCAUUCGGAGAGGUUGAGGAGGGAGUUUCUUGCGUGAGUUGGGAGGGAUUAGUGGUAGGUUGGUGGGGGUUACUAUCAAUCGGUGGUGAGAGGGAUACGUGCCUCAUUCUUCAAGUAAUGGGCUGCGUUCGAACAAAGUGAAAUAUAAUUUCAGAAUGGUAAAUGGUGCA